UGUGCAAAUGCUGAUCGCUCCAGCCGUUUAAAAAGAAACACCAAAUCUCAAAAGCCCCUUCCUCUGCAGAGAUAUGAGCGCACCCAUGAACGUCUCACGGUGCUCCCAGCGCAGGAAGAGUCUCCUCUACAACCUCCUGAGAGCCGCUUACCAGGAGCACCAGAGCUCCCCGGAUGCCUAUUACCAGUUCCUAAAGCCGGUUAUCGGUGGAGCCUCCGCCCAGGACCUGAUCCGAUUUGCCUCCAACCAUCCUGUCAUGGCCACGGAUGUAUUUAUAGACCUCAAUCCAGAUGAAGUGCAGAAAUUGAGCCCUCAAGAUCUGAAAGAUUUGCUAGGAGUUAAUCUUCCAGACCUGAACAAUUUAGCUGAUCAGCCAGUGGUGAAAGCUUGGGUCCAGUCACACAAGCAAUCAGAGGUGCAAUCAUUAGGACUUCAUCUUACAGCAGGCAUCCCAGACCCACCUCCUCAUGGCUUUAUACAUAUUCCCGCAGCACCUCAACCAUCUGGAAGAGCAGCGACACGUAUGAAAGACUACACAGCCCAGCUUUUCUAUUGCAUGCUCCUUCCUUCUGCAUUGGCUGUUUUCUUGUGAGCUUGUACUACUUUCACCCCAAUGCCAAAUACAGUAUUCUAAGGCAGGGGGAAAAAAAGCAGUUGUGCAUUCACGACCAAUGCAUAUACUUUCUGCAGCUUUCCAAGUGUAAAAAGUACAGUAUUUAAUAAACC